GUAAAACUGGUCAUGGAACUACAUGUCUCUUAUCAUCCACAAAAAAGGGGCAACAAACGUGUCCUUGAUCUGACCACUCAUCGCCCUAAAUGUGAUUACCCUGCCAUCGCCAGCAAAUCCUCAGUAUUAUGCUGAGCGUGCUCUCAGUGUGGCGCGUCAGCUAUUCCUGUCAAGGUUAGCUCUGCUCCAGCUGGGUUGAAGGCAGCAUCCUCCCAUCUACUAACAAAGAAAGCUUCACCGCUUUUGUCUGUUUGACCAGAACGUGGUUCCGUUUUAGUAGUCAGAUUGUGUGGAUCUGACACCUGAUGCCGGUUUGAGGAAGCCUGUCUUCAAGCUACGCAUCAGGUUUCAGGUUAUUGGCCGACGUCUCUGCAGCAUCCUCCGGCCUCAUACAGACUUGUAAAAGCACCAGUUUAUUCUGACGGAACAGAACAUAAUAAUCCUGCUGCAGUCAUAUUUCCUGGCGUUGGAAAGGAAUUGAGUGGAGAAACAACCUCAAUUACUGUGGACUGACAUGAAAAGCAGCCGGACGUCUGUUGGGCUCAAAGUCGUGGCCUGUUUGGACCGCAGCCCGGAGUCUGGCAUCUGCACGAAGCAGACGCUCCCUCCAAUCAGCUGCUCCGUCGCCGUGCACAGCUGAUGAGUUCAGGCCUUCAGGCCGAUCAGCAGCAACGCGCCUGCUUCCUUUUAAAACCCCACGGUUUAAAAUGUCGUUCUCCUCGGUUUCCUCUCUCGGGGCUCACGCAGACGUCAAUACAGACUCCAGCUGAAGUAGGUCUCCCCUCCAUCAUCACCACUCUAUCCUGUGUUAUGGAGCUCAGGUGCUACUUCCCGGUCAGAGGGGGACGGACUGAUGCUUUUGGCUCUUCUGCUAAAAUGGCUUGUUGUUAAAAGUGCCGCCCUGUAAGUGAAGUGCACAGCGACAGCUCAGCCGUACAGGACGUUGUUCUCUGUGCAUCCUCCCGAUCCCCAAGCGAAACAAACUCCCACUCGUGGUGCAAAAAGGUCACGUGAACUGUCCCACUUUUAUUAAAGUCCAUAUGUGAACAGUUGGAUGAAAUUUCACCACUUCUGAUACAAAGGUCCAGCUGGACUCAUGCAUAAGCUUAUUACAACAUCUGAAGCAAUUUAAUUUGCUUUGAUGGAGAGAUCCAAUAGCAAAUUAUCAUCCCAAUAAUAAUAAGACAGAUGCAUCUGAAUUUUUUAAACAGAAAAGCCAUCACACAGCACAAUCUACAGUAAAAAACAUUCACCCUCUUUGAAGUUUCCUCCUCAUCCAUUUUUACAUCUUGAAUCAUGCUUGAUUUGAUUUGCCAUCGGUUGCCUAGCGAUUGCCUACUUAGUCACCUAAAGUCUCACAGGUGCAGCCUAGACACAGUUAAGCUCUUUAAUCGGAGGUAACCUGGGUGCAGGGAACUGGUUUCAAGGACCUGUGUCUGGAAUCAGUUACUGGUAAACGAGCAGGUGAACAAGCACAUCUGGGGAUCUGACCAUGUGCUGUGUGUGCUUGUAUGUAAAGGUCAAUCACCGGAGACACUUACAGUAUAAUGCAGUCUGCUGGUGGAAUAUUAUCAGGCAGGCAUAGACUGCACAGUCUGAAACAACAUGAAUACAUUUUUCACAGGUAUAUUUUUGUGUCCAUUCAAUUGUAAAUUACCAUCGCCCAGAUGUAAUUAACACGCUUAAUUAGAGCAGGUUUGAGCAGGCUCUUGAUUAAAUUAUGCAAAUAGGGGGCUGCGGCGCGUCUCGCGACGUUUACCCUGAGACGAAAUUAGAAACCGUCGGAGUGAAGGGAUCAGCGAGAGUGACGCUCCUGGGACGCGCGCACAGUCCGGGGAGGGGGGAGGGGGGCACCCGCUGCGCCUGAACGCUGCUGCGGGACGGGACGCUCCUCACACCGACCUCCUGAGCACUGACAGAGCGGGCUCCGUCCUGAUGGAGCGACGGAGCACUGCCGCGGAGCAGGGACGGUUUCACCUUCCAUCACUGUGUGACCCGAGGAGCGCAGACGGAAGGAGUAAGUCCACAAGCCGCUGGGCUCUAUUUCUGUUCGGCGCUGAUGCUUUUAACAGCCCCCAUUAAUUUGACAGUAAUGUGUAAUAUGAAAUAAUUUUAGUUUAGCUGCUUUUGGUGCUGUUUAGAUUAGAUAGAGUUUGAAAUCUUAAAUUUAAUGUUUGUAGUAUUAGAAGAUUUUAUUUUAGCUCGUGGUUAUUUUUUUAUUAUUAUUUGUUUUCCUCCGUCACUGAGGUGUAAUUCAUCUUGUUGAUCAGGUGUUUCUGUUGGUUGCACAUGACCUUGGUGUCUUUUCCGACCCGCUGAGCAUCACUUCAGCGCUCGCUCUCCUUCAGCCCCUUUUUCACGCACUGGACCACUGUUUAGUCUUGUGAACGCAUGCAGAUUCAUCUUUUACGCCGUCUUCACGCAUCACGCUCGCGUAUUCACUGCAUCUUGUCUCCCUGCGGCUCCGACGAUGAACGCGACCUCGUGCUGCGAGCGCGCGCUCAUCGCGUACCGGCAACGCUCCGGCUCCGAGCUCAACGGCAGCCGGACGCCGGAGCUGGAGCUGCCCACCUUCUCCACGGCGGCCAAAGUCCGCGUCAUCGCCACCCUGGUCCUGUGCGGCGUCUCCGCCGUGUGCAACCUGGCCGUGCUGCGGGCCGCCAGCGGCCGCAGGCGCCGGUCCCGGUCCCGGUCCCGGUCCCGCGUGCGGGUGCUGAUGGUCAACCUGACCGCCGCCGAUCUCCUGGUCACCUUCAUCGUGAUGCCCGUGGACGCGGCGUGGAACAUCACGGUCCAGUGGCGGGCCGGGGACCUGGCCUGCCGGGUCCUGAUGUUCCUCAAGCUGCAGGCCAUGUACUCCUGCGCCUUCGUGACCGUGGUGAUCAGUCUGGACAGACAGUCGGCCGUCCUCCGCCCUCUGGCCGUCGGCAUGGCCCCGAGGAGGAACAAGGCCAUGCUGACGGUGGCCUGGACCAUGAGUGCCUUGUUGUCUGUCCCUCAGAUGUUCAUUUUCCACAACGUCACCAUCACCCACCCCUCAAACUUCACCCAGUGCACCACGAGGGGCAGCUUCGGCUCCCGCUGGCAGGAGACGGCCUACAACAUGUUCACCUUCUCCUGCCUCUUCCUGCUGCCGCUGGUCAUUAUGCUCGUCUGCUACACCAGGAUCUUCAUCCAGAUCUCCAGGCAGAUGACGAGGACGAGCUUGUCGUCCAAUGAGCUACGUCUCCGCUGCUCAAAGAACAACAUCCCCAAAGCGCGGAUGAGAGCCCUGAAGAUGAGCAUCGUGAUAGUGAUCUGCUUCGUGCUCUGCUGGACCCCCUACUACCUGCUGGGCCUGUGGUACUGGUUCUUCCCGGAGCACCUGGAGGGCAAAGUCUCCCACUCCCUCACCCACAUCCUCUUCAUCUUCGGGCUCUUCAACGCCUGCCUGGACCCCAUCAUCUACGGCCUGUUCACCGUGCGCUCCUGCGAGCGGCUGAAGGGCCGCCGCCGCCGCCGAGACGCGCGCCUGUCGGACAGGGAGACCAGCGCGGCCGCGACGGCGUCCCUGAAGCACGCGGUGCGAGUGCCGGUGGAAAGGACGGAGAGUCCACUCACAAGAGGUUUGAAUGUGUGCGUCAGCGCUGAGGAUAACACAAUAUAAUAACAUUUAUGUGUGACUUUUUUCAGGCUUGUACUUUUAUAUAUGUAUUUCAUAACAACUAACAUAAAUAUGUAUUUGUUGAUAUUCACUUAUACACUUGUAAAGUAAUGUGAGUUUUAUAGAAAGGUCUUUGUAUUUAUUGCGUCCUGCUUCUAGGCUGGUUAAUCCUACGUCAGGGUUGUAUAUGAUUAUUGUUGACACAGUAAAACAUAUUUGGGUGAA